GUAGUAUCCGCCUGCUAAAAUAUUCAAAGAAUUGACUUUAUCUCAAAGGCAAAGCAACAGUUCAUUAGUAUUCCCCCCAAGUUAGCUAAAAUUAGCAUUUCAAGUCUUCAAGUUACAUGUAUACUCCAAACACACCUCAAACUCACUAUAUUAAGGCCACAGAUUACAAAAACAGAUCAUCACCCUAAGGGCAGAAAGAGAGACUGUGUGAGAUGGAAAAGAGCAAAGUGCUUAUUGUUGGCGGAACUGGGUACAUUGGAAAAAGGAUGGUAAGGGCAUCUUUGGCUCAGGGACAUGAAACUUUUGUCCUUCACAGGCCUGAGAUUGGGGUUGACAUUGAGAAAGUUCAGCUUCUCUUGUCAUUCAAGGAACAAGGGGCUAGGCUCGUAUCAGGCAGCUUUCAGGAUCAUCAGAGCCUAGUGAAUGCUGUCAAACUAGUUGAUGUUGUCAUUUGUGCUAUAUCUGGUGUUCACAUUCGCAGCCACCAAAUCCUCCUCCAACUUAAACUCGUUGAUGCCAUAAAAGAAGCUGGAAAUGUUAAGAGAUUUUUGCCUUCUGAGUUUGGGACUGAUCCUGCAAGAAUGUCGCAUGCAUUGGAUCCCGGAAGAGUUACAUUUGACGACAAAAUGGUAAUAAGAAAAGCCGUUGAAAAGGCUGGCAUACCAUUCACUUAUAUCUCUUCUAAUAUUUUUGCUGGUUACUUCCUUGGUGGGCUGUGUCAACCUGGUUUCCUAAUCCCCUCUACAGAGUCUGUGGUCUUGUUUGGUGAUGGAAAUGUAAAGGCAAUCUUUGUGGAUGAAGAUGAUAUAGCUAUGUACACUAUCAAAACCAUAGAUGACCCCAGAACUCUGAACAAGACAGUGUACAUAAGGCCACCUAAAAACAUAUUAUCCCAGAGAGAGGUUGUCCAAAUUUGGGAGAAACUGAUUGGGAAAGAGUUGCAGAAAUCUUCAAUUUCAGAAGAACAGUUUUUGAGUUCCAUGGGAGAGCGUGGCAAUGGUCCAUUACUACCAUAUUUGCUUUGAAGGUUGCCUCACAAAUUUUGAGAUAGGAGAAGAAGGGGUUGAAGCUUGUGAACUGUACCCUCAAAUAAAGUACACUACGGUUGAAGAGUACAUGAAACGCUAUGUAUAGAAGUUGCCAUUUGCUUUCUUGUGGACCUAUAUUGAAUGAUUGUAUCACAUCCCAUCAAAGUCUGGCUUAAUCGUAAUAAAAAUUGCUUUUUUGUUUCGCGUUUAAUUCGUGGCAAAUAUGUAUUCGAUAUGUAUUGUACCAUACACCUAUAUGAUGUACCG